CCUGCAGGUGUGAGCACAAUGGUUAGUGUUGGUGUGUCCCUGGCUGCCCUCCUCAUGUUGGCGCUGGUUGCCUCCCACCCUCUCUGGGUGGACGAGCAGACAGAGGGAGGUGAGGGGUUGGUGCCUCUGGUGAUCGUGCCCCUACCACCACAUCACCACCAAGCUGUGAGGGAACCUGUACACAAGCGCAACUCAGAAAUCCUUAACACUCUACUUGGAUCACAAGACCUAAGCAACAUGCGAAGUGCUGGUAGGCGUUAGUAACAUGGAAGUGGUCAUCAGCCAACAAGAAAACAACACCGUCUGGCUUAGGGUGAACCAUCAUUGUGAAAAAUGGAUCUGAUUAUUCGUGGAAUUACUUUAAAGAAUUAACCGAGAAACGUUCCUAGAAAUAUGUAUGCAUUUUCUUCAUUAUUGAAGGACAAGUGAAAUAAAAUGUCAGAAAGGCACCAAAGCUCGCUUGUUCAGCAAUCAUGAUAAAAAUAUCUGUAAAAAAUAGAUUCCAUAAUUUGUGCAACUCCCCAUAUGUAACUAAGAUCAGCUAAUGAACCAUUAAUAAUAUUCCGAAGGCAGAAAUUAGAUUCAAUAUAACUAGAUUAAAAACUUUGACCACGUGGGACUUCAUAUAAAGAGCGGACAGACCAACGCAGCUAUACAACAACAGGGAGCCAGAAACAUCUAAUACAAAUUACAUCUAA